GGCGAGAGAGGGGGCGGGUUUGUUUUCGCUUCGGUCCCUCACAAUAUUUUUCCCUGAAGGAGAGAGAGGAGGCUGGAGAGGCUGAAUUAACGAGAAAUUUGUUGAGAAGACAAAACUGGAUUAUCCUUGUGAAACAGAAGAUUCAACGAUGGAGCCUGUCCAUAUUAAACAGGAGAGACCUGUACUAGACUCAGUCCAUAUUAAAGAGGAGAGUUCUGUCUUAGAAUCAUUCCAUAUUAAAGAGGAGAGUCCUGUCCUAGAAUCAGUCCAUAUUAAAGAGGAGAGUCCUGUCCUAGAAUCAGUCCAUAUUAAAGAGGAGAGUCCUGUACUAGAAUCAGUCCAUAUGAAAGAGGAGAGUCCUGUCCUAGAAUCAGUCCAUAUUAAAGAAGAGAGUCCUGUCCUAGAAUCAGUCCAUAUUAAAGAGGAGAGUCCAGUACUAGAAUCAGUCCAUAUGAAAGAGGAGAGUCCUGUCCUAGAAUCAGUCCAUAUUAAAGAAGAGAGUCCUGUCCUAGAAUCAGUCCAUAUUAAAGAAGAGAGUCCUGUCCUAGAAUCAGUCCAUAUUAAAGAGGAGAGUCCAGUACUAGAAUCAGUCUUUGUUAAAGAGCAGUCUCAUCAUUCUAACUGUCAUGAAUGCGGGACAGAUUUCAGACCCCACAGCACCCUGAAACACCACCUGCGAGUUCUGAAGGUACAGCUGGGUUAUCCUUCUGAAAGGCAGGAUUCAGAGAUGGAGGCUGUCCACAUUAAAGAGGAGCUUCCUGAACUAGACCCUGUCCAUGUUGAAGAGGGGCUUCCUGAACUAGACCCUGUCCACAUUAAAGAGGAGCUUCCUGAACUAGACCCUGUCCAUGUUGAAGCGGGGCUUCCUGAACUAGACCCUGUCCAUGUUGAAGAGGAGGGUAACCAUUUUAUAACAAGCAGCUUGCAGGGCUCUCUGUCCUGUACAGAAUGUGGAAAGAGUUUCAGUCAGUUACAAAACCUGAAACGUCACCAGCAAAUCCAUACUGGAGAGAAACCGUAUGUCUGUGCUGACUGUGGGAGGAGUUUCAGACAGUUACAAAACCUGAAACUUCACCAGCGAAUCCACACUGGAGAGAAACCGUAUGUCUGUGCUGACUGUGGGAAGAGUUUCAGUCAGUUACAAAACCUGAAACUUCACCAGCGAAUCCACUCUGGAGAGAAACCGUAUGUGUGUGCUGACUGUGGGAAUAGUUUCAGAGAUAAACAAAGCCUGAAACUUCACCAGCGAAUCCAUACUGGAGAGAAACCAUAUGUGUGUGCUGACUGUGGGAAGAGUUUCAGAGAUAAACAAAGCCUGAAACUUCACCAGAGAAUCCACACAGGAGAGAAACCGUAUGUGUGUGCUGACUGUGGCAAGAGAUUCAGACUGUCAGCUGACUUGAAAACACACCAGCGAAUCCACACUGCAGAGAAACCACAUGUCUGUGCUGACUGUGGGAAGAGUUUCAGAUGGUCACAAGGUCUGAAAUAUCACCAGCAAAUCCACACUGGAGAGAAACAACAUGUCUGUGCUGUCUGUGGCAAGAGUUUCAUACUGUCAGGUGACUUGAAAAAACACCAGCGAAUCCACACUGGAGAGAAACAACAUGUCUGUGCUGACUGUGGGAAGAGUUUCAGUCUGUCAUGCAACUUGAAAAGACACCAGCGAAUCCACACUGGAGAGAAACAACAUGUCUGUGCUGACUGUGGGAAGAGUUUCAGACGUUUACAAAACCUGAAAUAUCACCAGAGAAUCCACACUGGAAGAGAAACCGCAUCCGUGUCAUAAAUGUGAAAAAAGUUUAACCCGCGCUCAGAAAUUCCAGUCGUUUUAAACAGCAGCGUAAUAUAGAAUCUGUGAGAUCUGUGGUGAAUGUCUACAGAUGAUACAGAUUCAUCAAUAUUAAACACAGUGCUCUGAAGCCGUUACAUUAUAAAGUACAUUCUUAGUUUGCAAUCCAUUGAAUAUACAGACGCCUCGGAGCGUUGUGUGAUACGAGGUGAAGCCGAGUGCCUCCAACCCCUGAGAAGUCUGUAUAUUCAACGUAUACGCCAUGGGAGAAAUUCAUAGUUGUAAUUGAAUGUACUUUAUAAAAAUGACAUUUCAAAUCUUAAACUAUGAGGCUUAAGAUGCUGUGAUGUUAAUUACGAGGUGUCAUGACUUUCAACCAUUAAAUAAAUUGUUAUCCUGAAACACAAGUGAAUGAAACUGACAUGUUUAUCCUUCUGUGAUCAAUAUAACUAGCUAGCAGAAAAUGAAGUUUUGUUCUAUACAUGUUUUGAAUCCUGUUCUCUCUCUCUCUCUCUCUCUCUCUCUCUCUCUCUCUCUCUCCAUGGAGGAGGGUCGCUCCCUGUUUUAAUGACGCACAUUGCUUGUGUAAAAGGAAGCGUCAUUCAAACUUUGUAAGCCAAUGAAAGGACUGAUUUCAGUCAGGGAUUAGCUUCCUGUUUUACCCGGAAGUGAUUGGAUCUCCUAAGUAAACUCCUCUUUGGGCGCUAUAUUUAAAUCAAAACAUGCAUGAACUCGUUCUCUUGGAUUCAGACUCAUCUCGCCAUGAAGUAACCAUUGAGCCUUCGCUUGCAAUGGGGACCCAUUCAAGCAUCGUACGUAUCUUCAUCCUGAAGAAGACUCCUCGCCGCUACAUUCUGCAACUCUACAUGUUACAAAGAAGACAACUGCAUUCCAACAAGGACCACAUCUCCAGAAUAAGUGUUACGAUUCAAAGACUUUGAGAGUAAAAUACUGUGUUUGUGUAGAAAAAUCUACAUGCAAACCAGAAGUAAAAGCAUUGAACUCAGAGUAACACUUUGUGAGAUUAAAAACACAAGCGAUUCUACUCCGAACAAUUGAAACCAGAUAAGACUUUCACUGCACGUCAGAACCAUUGAAACAUUGACUGAGUUUAUCUACAAGUUCUGAAGUAACUCUAGAUUACAGCUUCAUACUAAAUGCAAUUGAAGCUGCUUCCCAACUGAACUUGUUGAAACAAAAAUGGCGUCUUCAUUCGAACCUGUGACGAUAGGUAAAUGUGUCGGUGCUUGUCUAUAUAUUACUUGCUUCCUUUUAAAUAAAAAAUGAUUACGUAACAUUGGGAUUGCAGGGGUAUAAAGCUAGCACUGUUGCAGGAUGGGAAAGAAAAGGACGUUGUGCGGAAGGUGUGUUGCAGGUGGUUGAGCUGAGCAAGAGAGAGAGACAGAGAAAGAAGAAAGUUUUGAAAACAUGGCGGCACGCUACUGAGGACAACAAGUUCAGCUGUGUU